ACGUUAAUCAUAUUAGGUAAUUCUGUAGCUUUUAUUUAAGGAAAGUGCGAGAAUAUUCUUUUGUACGCUAUUUAUAAAUUUGAUAGUUUGUUUAAUAAAAAUUAUAAUAUAUGUUAAGAUGGAUCAACCUAUUUUUUCUAAAAAUUCUGAAUUUCAUUUUCAUGGUGACCCGUGGCUACAAAAAAAUAUUGUAAUGUUUCUCGAUUAAUAUAUAAGGGAUUUACGUUGACAAACUCGAAUUAUAAGGAUGCACUAGAGAUUGAUCUGCACGCCCGUGCGGGUGUUAAUUUUUACGGUUUUAUAAAUUUUUAUUCGUUAUUUUAUAAUUAGUGCUAUAUAUUUAAGAUGUGUCGUCGUAUAACUAAUUGUAUUCAAAAGAUUUGGACUGAAUCGGGUAAUAAGAUUAUUUUUGGUACAAAUAUACGAACCUCUUUCAGAUACAUUGGUUAUUUAGAUAUUUUUAUAUUUCUACACAUCAGAAUCAAAAUCAUCCAGACCCGAAAGGACCCAACUCAAACCUCAUACAUAAAUUUAUAAUAUCCAAGUGACGCCUAAUUUCAAAAUCCAAAAAAAUUAAUCCCGAAAGAAACAACUUGUACCUCAAUCAGUAUCUGAAUAUCCAUACUUAACUAAUUCUGCAAAUAAAUUAAAAAGAAAACUCUUUCUAUAUAUUUGGCAAAAAUAAGAAAAAUAGAAAGAAUUUUUUAUUUAGUAAAAUAGUUGUAUGAAGUGAAACAUUAAGUGACAAUAAAUGUAAUAUUUUUUCAUUAUUUUGAUUUAAAUUAUUAUUUUGUUCACAUGAACUAUGCCUUUGAAUUAUGUGUUUGGCUAUGUAAUUUUUCAGCAAUUGGAACAAAGACAAAAGAAAGUUUUAGUAAAACAGAUUAAACCAAACUAUUAACCAUAUGCAAAACUCGGUUAUCUUACAUUUUUGUUUUUUAUAAUUGCACAAAGUUAAUAUUGAUUAACUAAUAAAUAAAAAAUCUGCAUUAUUACUUUUAUGGUAUAUUAUAAUUAAUGAUUUGAUGUAUUGUUGCGGUAAAUAUAAUUAAUGAUGCGAUGUACUGUUAAAGUAAUAUAAUUAAUGAAAUUACUAAAAUAACAUUAUACUUUAUUUUUAUACACUAAUAUUUUUUUUUCAUAAUUAGUGUUUUAUAUUUUAGAUAUGUCGUAAUAUAACUAAUUGUAUUCAAAAGACCUGGAUCGAAUCGAAUAAUAUGGUUAUUUUUGAUACAAAUAUCCAAAUCCGUUUCAAAUACAUUGGUUAUUUAGAUAUUUUUAGGGUCAUAUACAUCAGAACCAAACUCAUCCAAACUCAAAAGGACCCAACUCAAAACCUACACAUAAAUUUAUAAUAUUCAAGGAGGGAGUAAUUUUAAAACAAGAAAAAACGAUACCGAAAGGAACAACUCGUACCUAAGUGGAUAUCUAGUGUUCAUGUCUAACUGAUUUUAUAAACUAAUAAAAAAGACCUUUUCUAUGUGUUUUUGCUAAAUUAAGUGAAAUAGAUAUAUUUUUUAUUUAUUUAGUAAGACAAUUAUAUUGAGUGAAAAAUUGAGUGACAAUAAAUGUAAUUCAUUUUUAUUAUUUUGAUUUAAGUUAUGAUUUUAUUCACAAAACAUGUUUUUGAAUUAUUUUUUGGCUACGUAAUCUUCCACCGAUUGAAAUUAAAAAAAAAUUAGUAAAACAAACUAAAGAAAAACGUUUAACCUUAUGCAAAAUUCAAUUAUUUUACUUUUUUUAUUUUAUAAUUGGUACAAAAUUAAUAUUGAUUAACUAUUAAAUAAAAAUAUGCACUAUUAUUAUUAUCGUAAUAUAAUUAAUGAUGUGAAAGAUUGUUAAGGUAAUAUAAUUAAUAAAGUUGUUAAUAUGAGUGAAAUAUGGAAAUACAAUUAAUGUAAUAAUGCAAUACUUGUUUUCAAAUAAUUCUGAGUUAUACUACUAUUCGUGUUUCCAAACAGUACUAAAGUGUAAUUCAGUUUUAGAUGGAUAUAUUGAUACAAAUGGUAAAUCUCCUAACGCAAUAGUAAACUUUUUUGGUAUAACAACGAUUUAAAUAUUUCAUUAUAAUAUGUUAACCAAGUAUAAUAUGUUUAUAAAGGAACAGUGAGUGCAAUUAAUUUUGUUGAUGAGCAAGAUACUUAUGCCGUUCGUGAGGAAGCAUUUAUUUUGUACUUAUAUAUGUUUUGGUCUCUCUUAAUAUUCAUGUUAUUGUAUUUGGAAAAUGAGAAAUCGGCCAAAAAAACACUGAACUUUGCGGAAAUUGCCAAAAAAAACCUGUACUCGAACCUGACCAAUAAAACCCUGAUCUUUUGUUGACUUUUUUAGUUAAUUCACAAACUUACGGUUGACUAACCAGAUUAACACACCGUUAACCGACAGUUAAGACAGUGUUAACUCACCGUUAAUUAUUGCUGUGUAGUGAAACUACGUCGUUUCAUUCAGUUGUUUUGUUAAACACAAAAUCUCAAGACGACGUCGUUUUGCUUAAUUAAAAUUGUUGUUGCCUGGACUCGAACCCGUGCACUCGUGGUCCUAAGGGGGUUUUGCCACUGAGCUAGUGGACUUUUCGGAAGAUUAUCACACAUGUUUAUUUUUAUUGAUCAAAAGAUGUGUUUAAUUUCAAUCAAACAAAAUGAAACCCGUGUUUGAACGUAACCCUAAUUUCUCAAAUCGAUUUGGGGAUUUCUCUUGUAAUGGUGAGGAGAUGGUAAAUACGAAGUUCACAAGGAAUGGAAGGGAGGUAAUGAUUUUCGGAGCGAUGAGGAAUUUCGAUUACGGGAGUGACGAAGCGGUUCAAGAGUCGAAAAAGGGUGGAGAACGCGAUGCUUCUGUGAGUUUGUCAUCGCCGGAGAGAUCGAGGAUUCGUAAAAGCGUUGAAGGGAUAUCGAUGUUGGCAUCUACAGAGGUGUCGAAGGCGUCGAAGACAAGGCGGGGAACUUCAUAUGGGUCGCCUGCGUCAUCUCCGGAGAAGACCACGAGGAGGGGAACUUCAUAUGGGUCGCCAUCUCCGGUGAAGGCCACGAGGCGUGGUUCAACUCUGUCUCCUAGAGUUUCGAAGAAGCAGAAGGUAAAUGUGGCUCUUUCUGGUGAUGACAGAGAAGAAUGGCCAGAGACUGAGAUGUUGGCAUCAACAGUUGCGAAGAAGAUAAGGCGGGGAACUUCAUAUGGCGGGUCGCCUGUGUCUCCUAGACAAUCGAAGAAGCAGAAGGUAAACUCGGAGAGGAGUCUAGGUGAUGAUGGUGAUGACAGAGAAGAAUUUCUCCAGAUUGAGGAAUUUGGGGAUAUAGGUGAUGAUGGUAGGGAAGAUGAGAACGGUAUUGCUGGCAUUGAGGAAGUUGGUUGUACAGAUUUGAGUCUUUAUUUUGGUGAUAAAGCAAAAAAUGAUGACUGUGAGGUUGAUGAAGACGAAGGCGAUGAUGAUGCAUGGGAUGAUGAUAAAAUCCCUGAUCCUCUGUCAUCAGAUGAUGAGAAUGUAGAGGAGAUGAGACCUGCACAAGCUUACAGAGAAGACACUGAUCCAGAGGAGCUCCUUCAGCUAGGCAAGACAUUUUCAGAUGCUGAGGACUUCAAACAUGCUUGUCUGAGGUAUACCCUGAAAACCAGAUACAACAUCAAGUACUACAGAUCCAGUAGCUUGAAGAUGGGUGCAAAAUGUGCCGCUGAGAUGAGAGAUGAUGAGGCUCCUUGUCCCUGGAUGGUUUAUUGUUCGUAUGAUAGGAGGAAACAGAAGUUGAUGGUAAAGACAUACGUCAAUGACCAUAAGUGUGGGAGGACAGGGUUUUCCAAGAUACUUAAGAGGUCAGCAAUUGCAAGUCUAUUUGCUGAGAGGUUAAGGCUGAAUCCUAAGCUCACGGCAAAGGAGAUACAGGCUGAGAUAUUGAGGGAGUAUAAGAUGGAAGUUUUAGAAAACUCAUGCAUGAAGGCCAAGACGAAGGUGAUGAAAGAAAGGAGGAAGACCCAUGAGGAGCAUUUUGAUAAAAUCUGGGAUUACCAAGCAGAGAUAUUGAGGAGCAAUCCUGGAUCAACCAUGGAAAUUGAGACCAUACCAGGAGCCACGGUUGGAAGCAAGCAGCGGUUCUACAGACUCUACAUGUGUUUCCAAGCACAAAAGGAAGCAUGGAAGAAGACUUGUAGGCCUGUUAUUGGCUUAGAUGGAGCCUUUUUGAAAUGGGACAUCAAGGGACAGUUGUUGGCUGCGGUUGGAAGAGAUGGAGACAAUAGGAUUGUCCCUAUUGCUUGGGCUGUAGUGGAGAUAGAGAAUGAUACAAACUGGGAUUGGUUUGUGAAGCGUUUGGCCUUGGAUUUGGGAUUGGAAAAUGGGAACGGCUUUGUUAUAAUGUCUGACAAACAAAAGGGAUUAGUGAAGGCAGUUCAUACCCUCCUUCCAGAAGCUGAGCAUAGACAGUGUUGUCGCCAUAUCUACGAGAACUGGAGGAAAGGUGGAAAAGAUCUAAGGUUACAGAGGUUCUUCUGGUUCAUUGCAAGGAGCUACACUCCUGGUAUGUUCAACUACAACAUGGACGAGCUUAAGAACUAUGAUCCUGGCGCACAUGCAUCUCUGAUAAAGACAAAGCCAGAGACUUGGUCUAGAGCUUUCUUCAAGAUAGGCUCCUACUGCAAUGAUAAUCUGAACAACUUGUGUGAGUCCUUCAACAAGACCAUCAGGGAGCCUAGGAAGAAACCUCUGCUAGACAUGUUAGAGGAGAUAAGGCGCCAAUGUAUGACUAGGAACUACAAUAGGUCUAAGAUGGCUAAGGACAGGAAGACUAGGUUCACCCCGAAGACACAUAAAGAGUUAGACAGGGUUGAGAAGAAGUCAAAAGAAUGUAGUCUGCGUUGGGCAAUUGGGCCAGAGACUGAGGUGGAAGAUAGAGACCAGUCAUAUGUGGUGAAUUUGGAGAAUGAGACUUGUGCAUGUCGAAGCUGGCAAAUGAAUGGUAUUCCAUGCAUCCAUGCUGCUAAGGUCAUCCUUGGCGUGGGAAGAAAACUCUCUGAAUUUGUUGCUCCUUUCUACACAACCUCUAAGUGGCGUGAAACCUACAGUUUUGGGAUCAGACCUGUAAAUGGGAUGAUAGAGUGGCCUCGGACCAAUAGAUUAGGUGUGAUUCCACCACCUAAUCGAAAUGGCAAGCCUGGUAGGCCUAAAAACCAUGAUCGAAAGAAGGGAACCAAUGAGACAGUGUCUACUACCAAGCUGAGUCGUGCGAACAGGGUAAUGACAUGCUCUAAUUGCAAAGAAGAAGGGCACUACAAGAAUACAUGUCGGAAGGCUUUUGUUGAGAGCCCACCUAAGAAACCAAGAGGCAGACCAAGGAAAUAUCAGGGACUACACUUUGGCGAGUCACAAGCUCAAUCCUCAGAAGCUCAAACCUCACAAAAUCAAUCCUCACAAGCUCAAGCAUCACCAUGGGAAGUUCCUCAAUCUUCAGAAGGUCAAUCCUCACAAGCUGAAGCAUCACAGACAGCAUCGUGGGGAAGAUGGUUUUUUUAGAUGCUUGUGUGUUGUUUAUGAUGGUCUCUGUCUGAAUGCUUUCGUUGUCUGUUGUUUAUGAUGAUGUCUCUGUCUGAAUGCUUUUGGAACAAGAACUACCUUUUUCUUUCUUCUCUUCCUGCUGUUUUAAUUUGAAACUCUCAAUGAAGAUAGUGUUGGUUAUUAUC